AAGCAAAAACUUGCUCUGCUACUUAAUUAUAUCGGAGAAGAAGCGUACGACAUUUAUGACAAUUUGCUAGUGCGAGAUAGCGACGAGACAUUGAAUAACGCCAUAGAUAUCUUUGAUAAACAUUUUAACCCAAAAAGAAAACGUCGAAUACGAAGUAUAUUUAUUCAGAAACCUGAAGCUAAUUGAAGUAGAAACCAUCCACCAAUUUUACGUUAGGAUGAAACAACAAGCUAACAGAUGUGACCUUAACACAAGAAUAGAACAAGAAAUUAAACAACAAUUAAUUUCAUCGACAUGUAAUAACAACUACAAAAAUACGCCUUAAGAACACAGAGUUAACUUUGCAAGACUUCUUAACGUAUGCGAACUCUUUAGAAGAUGCUGAACACAGAUGACGUUGACAAUACAAACAAGCAUGAAGAAGAAGUUAAUGAAUUGAGAAGAAACUUAUAAUAAUCUAGCUUCGCACACUGAGCAAUGGAUAAUCCAGGACCAUCAACGCCAAAGAAGUUUAAACAACAUCAACCUAAUGAAGACACAUCCUUGAAUGCAUUUGUGGUGUCAUUAUCGCCGUUAAAAGAAUCAAAAAAACAUGUCCCAUACUUUGACAUGGAGCUGCAGUCUGAUGCUGGUUCUGAGCGUGCUGUGUGUUUUACAAAAGCAAGAUAUGAUUUAUUCAAACGUUUAAACAAAUCAGAUAAUGAAGGUGUUUCCCUGAAACGAUUCAAAAAGUCGAAUAACGAUAUUCUGAUAACAGACUACAGUCAAGUGAAAAAGAUCGCAAUGAACAGACAAAGACCUGAAGAAUCAAUACAGAUAUCUGAAAUUGCAACAUCAUUAGCAGAAUGUGCAUUAUUUCAACGUAUUAACAUAAAAGGAAUAAUUACAGCAAUUUCUGAAGUUAAAACUAGUCAAAAAGAUGAUGGCAAUGCUAUACAAUUCAAAACAGCUAUCGUAUCCGAUAGCUCUGGACAUGCUAAUAUUACAAUAUUCGGAGAUUUAGUGAACCAGGUCAAAAAUGAUGAAGCUGUCUUGCUAACGCAUAUACAAAUUGCCCGGUUCAAGAAGGACAGACUGCUUAAGACGACAGAUAUAACGAAACUGAAAAAAGUGACAAUUGAAGAAAAUAUCGACACUACAAUAACUAAUCCAUGCCAAUGUAAAUUUGUUACAAUGAAUAUGUCAUCCUUGGAUACAAAAACAAUCUGUCCGUCCUGUUCCACAGAAAUACAAUCAUAUGAAGAAAUUGUGUUAUGCAACAAUUGUUCUAACAUGUCCUCUAUUGACGAAUGUCAAAAAAAGAGUUCUAAUGUUUUAACAGUGUUGAAAAAUACAUCUACUGGCGCAAAAUAUAAUGUUUCGAUCCCAUUGGAUAUGCUCAAGAUAAUAGAUGUUCCUGUAAGUAACAAAGUUAUGUUUGUUAAGAAGCUUCUGUCUGAAACCUUAACAAUAACGUUGAAUAUGGACAACAUGACACUACAGGACUUGGAACUGUUCACCGAAAACUUGGAAGCCAGUGAUACAAAAGAUGAAUAGGUUGACUUCCCAUGACAAUCUUCAUGUAUAUAUUUUUGAAUAGUUUAUGAACUGUCUGAAGCUAUCACUACUUUUGUUCAUUUUGAUCAUUUAGUUCACAAUUUUGUUAUUUUUCACGAUUAGAUAGAUAUAUUUUAUCAUACGUCCAACAUCGUUAUACUACUGAAAGUUCAAACUUCAAAAUCCACGUUGCUUCGGUAUUUUCACACAAGCUGGUCCAGAGUUGAAAAGUUAUUUCUUAUCCUUUCUAGCACGUAGCCAAUUUUUGGCAGCUAUUGUAUAUAUAAUUCCUGUGUUCGUUCAGCUUUUGUAAAUAAGACAGCUGGCCUGUCACUCUUCUAUUACAUUAUAUGUUUGCAUCACAACUGACUUUCUUUCCUCUGAGUCAAUUCUUCAUUCAAACGAUAGCUAUUACCCUAUUUUCGUUUAAAUUUGUUACACAAAAGAUCACGUGACAAAUCAAUUUUGACCGCUAAGCAGCCAUUUUUGUUUGAGUGGAAGAAUACCAGCUCGUAUAACAGUCUUGUGCACGUGUAGUGUUUAUUUGUUAACGAAAAACGUCAGCGACUCUGCCGUGUAGCAGUAUCGCACCAAGAAAUGACGUAAUGUGGCUAAAUCUACGGCAACGAAUCAGCUAAAUACACAUUCCUUAACCAACUCUCCUUGCAAAUUUGAACGUAGCCUAUUUCAUCGACCCCGAACCUGGUUGUAUUCUCUUUCGUCGAAUUUUCUGAGAUCUCGCAAAGCUUACAGCUGCUUAGCAUGCGCUUUAGUAAGCCUUGGUCUGAAUGACCCAGCGUUGGUUGUUGUUCCCUGUGUCAGCCCCGGUCCGUGCUACCCUUUACUACCAAAGUUGUUAGACCAUGAGACCGCAAAGAAAUUGUCUAUGGAAAGACUAGGCUAACUACGCUUGAGACUGGUGAAAAUUGAGGGCUUUGACCAGCGUUUCCCGCUUCGCGUCAGGUUUGAGGCUUCUUCCACUACUCCGCCCCGACCGUUUUGAAAAGUAACUUCGUAAUAUCUCCCAGUCUGAUGCCGAGCGGCUUCUUGUUCUUUUUAGGCAGAGGGGAAGAUGUGAUGUUGUGGACUCUACGAUGGAGAGUUACUUUUAAAUGGAAUAUGUUACGGAACCUAUUUUUGUUAGAAUAUAUCUCAUAAGAAACAAAACAGACGUGUUUACAGUGACCCAGCUGAUAAAGUGAUUUCAAUUACCACUUGUUAGAGUAGCAGAUUUAGGGUAAUGAAAAUUCUAUAACUUAUGGGGUGUAAUCAUCCGUAGUCAGGCGCCAGACUAUUAGCUAUAUAAUGUGUUAUUUUUUGCCUCAUACUUUUUUGUUUCUUUCUCUUCUUAUAUACUUUGUUUCCCCUAUCACCCUUUCCUAUUAUAUGAGUGUAUAAUUUACAGCCGUGUUAAUUUGCUUAAAGUUUUGUCACGCUUUUAAAAAAGUGAUACAUUGUUACAAAAGUUUUUAUUAAUUCUUUGAUUAUGAUUCACUAGAUUCUACUACUAUAGCAAGAUGAAAUAUUUUGAUAUGUUAUUUUCUUUAUGAUUUGGUUCCCUUUUUUGCUCAUGGCUGCUGAUUCCAGUUGUGGUAUAUGAAAAAAGAAGAACUUGUGGAUAUAAAAACUUUAAGUUUAGAAAAAACAUUACUUGGCUUUAAGGUUACUAAAUUAACCUGACUCAUAAAUAAAAAAUGCUGUUUUCUAUGCUUGUUUUUUUGAAAGAGUCCAAUAUACUGUCCUAAUUAUUGCUUGUAGAAAUUUCGUAUGUUUUUUCAUAGUCACAAGAAAAAAAG